UCGUCGUGGCGAGCGCCGCGGCACCAAUCGCGGCAGCGGCAGCACUGCGUGCGAGCGGACGCGUCUGUCUUUGACAAGGAGGAGGCUCGUCCGUCUAAUCCGCCUUCAACAAAGGAUGCGGCUGUUAAACACAGGCGGUGCAGAAUGAACCUUUUCACAUGCGAAGCGUUACAGAAGAUGCCAGAUAAACGAGGAUUUCUCUGAAACAAAAAAAAAAACAAAAAAACGGAGAGCACGACUUCCCCCUACUAACACACACACACACACACACACACGGCACGUCUUGCAAAUCCGUGUCCUCGGGCCGCUACCAUGAAGAAGAUAACAGGCUAGGUCUUCGGGUUCGUCCGUAUAACGGACAUCUGUACUCAGCCGAAGCUGAUCUGACUGACCGACGCCCCGCCAAGAUUGUGAUAUGGCAGCGUUUCACUAAGGCUUGCCUGCGAUGUUCUCCAUCCAACCAGACUGAGCACCUCGCUCCUGCUAUUGGGGACCUGAUGCUCAGAUGACCUCCUGCCGCCGACGAUGUGAGCUGAAUCGCGCAGAUCAUGGCAUGCAGCUCUUUUAAGUUUCCAAUACGCCUUCAGCUCACCACCGCUAAAGAAAAUGGGAAUCAAGUCCAGGAAUGGUGUUAGUGCUUCGGCAGAGGAAAAGGACAAAAAGGCGGGGCUGACGGGCGACUUAGACCAAGGCAACUUGGGCUUGGGGUCCGGAGCCGAUAAAGAUGGAACCCUCUUGCUGGUGGGGCCCGGCAGAGAAGACUUCAAACGAGGAUCUCAGGGUCUGGGGCUUCUGGCCAAAACGCCCCUGGGUUAUGGUAGACCUGUCAAGAGGAAUAAUGCAAAGUAUCGGAGGAUUCAAAACUUGAUCUACGACGCGCUGGAAAGACCCCGAGGAUGGGCGCUGCUCUACCACGCGUUCGUGUUUUUGAUUGUACUCGGAUGUUUAAUUCUGGCUAUCUUGACGACCUUUAAGGAAUAUGAAGAGGACUCUGCAGACUGGCUCCUCAUACUAGAAACCUUCACCAUUUUCAUAUUUGGAGCAGAGUUUGCAUUGAGGAUUUGGGCUGCAGGCUGCUGCUGCAGAUACAAAGGAUGGAGAGGGCGUCUGAAAUUUGCCAGGAAGCCUUUGUGUAUUUUAGAUAUCUUUGUACUUAUCGCCUCAGUGCCAGUUGUGGCAGUAGGAAACCAAGGGAAUGUAUUGGCCACCUCUUUAAGAAGUCUGCGUUUUCUACAGAUUUUACGGAUGCUUCGAAUGGACAGGAGGGGAGGAACGUGGAAGCUUUUAGGUUCAGCCAUAUAUGCACACAGCAAGGAGCUGAUCACAGCCUGGUACAUUGGAUUUCUGUCGCUCAUUCUUGCCUCGUUCCUCGUUUACCUUGUUGAGAAAGACGACGUCGUCAUGGAUAUCACGAGUUCACCUACUGGAAGUCCCAACCACAGCCAGGACUUUGACACUUAUGCAGAUGCUCUCUGGUGGGGCUUGAUAACCUUAACCACCAUCGGCUAUGGAGACAAGACCCCAAAAACAUGGGCCGGUCGCCUUCUAGCUGGCACUUUUGUCCUCAUUGGCGUCUCAUUCUUUGCCCUUCCAGCUGGAAUUUUAGGUUCUGGUUUGGCUUUGAAAGUUCAGGAACAACAUCGGCAAAAGCACUUUGAGAAACGGAGACACCCUGCUGCUGGAUUAAUACAGUCAGCCUGGAGAUAUUAUGCCACCAACCCCACCCGAGACGACCUCAUUGCCACCUGGAGAUUUUAUGAAACCGUCAUAUCCCUGCCAUGUUUCAGAAAGGAUCUUCUGGAAGGAGUUGCCAGCCAAAAACUAAGUCUCCUGGAUCGCGUGCGUCUCCCCAAUCCUCGCGCCACUGCUAUAAAGGGCAAGCUCUUUACCCCCAUGAGUACUGAUGCCAUCGAGGAAAGUCCUUCGAGGGAACCAAAGACGGGAGGUUUCACCAAUCGAGAGCGAUUCCGGACUGCCUUUCGGAUGAAGGCGUAUGCUUUCCGACAAAGUUCUGAAGAUGCUGGCGCACUAGCAGAUCCGGGGACUGAAGAAAAGGGCUUUCCCAGUGACAUACUGAUGGAGGAGAGCAUCCCAACACUUAAAGGCGUAAUCAGGGCGGUCAGAAUUUUGAAGUUUCUUCUAAACAAAAAGAGAUUCAAAGAGACCUUGAGGCCUUACGAUGUGAAGGAUGUGAUAGAGCAGUACUCAGCGGGGCACCUUGACAUGCUUUCUAGAAUCAAAUACCUCCAGACAAGAAUAGAUAUGAUCCUGGCUCCUGGACCACCGUCAACUCCGAAACACAAGAAGCCCCAAAAAGGACCUUUUGUGUACCCCUCACAACAAUCUCCAAGCAAAAAUGAGCCAUAUUUAUCCAAAGCACCACUGCCAGAGGCUGAAGACCAAAGUAUGAUGGGGAGAUUUAUAAAAGUGGAAAGACAGGUGGAACAUAUGGAGAAAAAACUUGACUUCCUAGUCGACAUGCAUUUGCAGCAUAUGGAUCAACUGCCUCCAGACCAGAGCAGGCCAUUAACGAAAGACAUUUCCGAACCAGAGAUUCCAGCUGAGGAAAAGCAGGACGACAAAUACACGGACUUCAAGCGCGUCUUCUUCAAUUACACUGAGCCGUGCCCUCCUAUGUCUUACCAAAUUCCUGUCAGCAAGGUUACACCGUACAGCUUCUUCAGGAAGGAGCCCCACCAUACCAGCUUCUCAUCGCCUUUGAUGAUGGAAGAGUUAGGCUGCAUGAGAUUGCCUCAUCCUUCCAUGCUUUACAUCGAACGGCCCAGCGUUUUGCCUAUCAGUACGCUGGUGGAUUCUCGAAACAGCCCACCUUCAGAAGGAGAUGGUCAAAGCCCUUUCAUGGAUUAUACAUCCCCGAGGCAAGGGAGAACCACGGUGAGGGACACGGACACCCCACUGUCACUUCUUUCUGUGAAUCACGAGGAACUGGAGCGCUCCCCCAGCGGCUUCAGCAUCUCUCAAGAGAAAGAGGAUUUGACUUUUGGACUCAAUGGAUGUAGCUCAAGCUGGAUGAAAGAAAAACGAUAUCUCGCUGAGGGUGAGACCGACACGGAUACUGAUCCCUUUACACCAAGUGGACCUCUUCCCUUGUCGUCAACUGGAGAGGGAUUCCCAGACUCAGUAUGGACCAGCUCUAGUAACCCUCUUUAGCUCUUUCUUUCUUCUUUUUCUUUUUCAUUUUUUUCACAAGGGAAGUACGGUAGAGUAGUAAAUGAAAACUUGACUUCCAUUUGUAAAAUAUAUAUACACUUUGUAUAUUUCACCACAUUAAAUACUAAUACUGAGAUUCACCCAAAGCUUAAUCGCUGCAAAGCAAAAAGGCACUGCAUGUAAUGCAUGCAAAUCUAGUGGUAGACAGUGCAAAACUCAGAUAACAAAGAGCAAAAAAAAAAAAAAAAGAAGAAAAUCUAUGCUAUUUCAUAACACUAAAAGGAGAUCAUUUUUGUGCAUGGUUUGCAUGGAGCUACAUCAUAACAAAUUGUUUAAACCAAAUGUCCUCAGAAUUAAUGUGUAGUACAUGUGUGGCUUUCAUUCUGAUUUCGUUAGACCAGACACGACAAAAUUCACAGAAUGCUUGUAUUCCUCCUGAAGCAGAUGCAGCAAGGUAUCCAGCAGGCAGGGAACAUCAUCUGCCACAAAGUUCAUGCCUGACUGUAUGGUGGGCAUGAAGAAAAUACAAUACAAUACACCGUUAUUUUUGUGUAGCGUUCUUCGCUGAGUGCAGGUGCAGAGCGCUGUGAACAAUUCUCACUUAAAUGACAAGUAUAGAUAAUACUGAUUACUAAGUACAGAACUGCUGCACACAUAAAACACACAGAGAACAAAGUAGAGCUGAUUAAACAGACAUGGAAACCAACUGUAACUGAUGAACUUUGGCCAGUUGACAAUGGAGGACAUUAAAAUUGCGAAAAUGAAAUUUAGACUGUUACGAUCGGGGAAGAAUUUCGGGAUCUUUAUAGCCUUAUCCUCUUAUGGAAGCCAUUUUCCGUACUGUGUUCGGGUCGCAUCACAUGUUUCUAGGGGGUGUGGCUUGGAGUUUACCAGCAUAGAUAGAUAGAUAGAUAGAUAGAUACGGGAUAAUAACUGUGGAAGAAAGUCACCCCUCAGACUUACAGUAUCAGGCAGAAAAACUCAGGCAGGAGGAAGCUUGCCAGUGUGCAUUUAUUUUUCUUCUUAUGAGAACCGAACAAAGUCACAGAGUUUUAUUUAUAAGCAUUUCAUUUUCAGAAUAGGCAUACGCAACAUGUGAUACAACAACUUACAUUUUAUACUGAUUGGUCCUUUCAGGAGAAUGCCUUAAUCACAGACCACAAUACUUCAUUGAUUUGCUUAUUUCUUACAUGCCCGUGCUAAUCAUGCGCUGUACACUUUAUUUCCUUCAUUCUGAUUGGUUAAAGUUCAUUCCCCCACACAUGGCCAUCAAGCCCUUCGCAGUUUCCUGCAGUUUAACGCAUUUAGCAUUUUACUCUUUCUUCUCUUACACAGUACAAUUUACAGAGACGUUACUUACAAACUUACAUUGUAACCUUACUUUUUCUUAGCAGGCUAUUCCGUGUCGCUAAAGCAUGCUAUCACUCCCAGUAAAGCAAAAGCACUCCACAAAGGUUAACGUUGGCACUCAGCUUUUUUUCCGAUCUGAGGUUAAAUCCUUCUAUAAUGUUUUCUUGAAUUCUUUCUGAUUAAUUUUCAAGUCUUGCCGGGUUUUCGACUUCUUGCCUGAAGGGGUUGGCUGUGAUUUUUGACUCUCAUCUGCGUUUUGGUCAUUUUGUUUUACUUUAGUUUUGUUUGUGUGGCCUUUUUCAUGCAUCUCUCAGUUAAACUCAUGAAAUUAGUUAUCUGUUUCUCUGCUGAGUCACAACACAGAUAGAGUCACAUUCCUGGAGACCCGCUUACCCGCUCCUGGGUUUUCUGUGGUGGAGUCUGUGCUGGCCAUUCAAACUGAUGAGAGGAUCUUUCUAUCCAAUGAUUCCAGUGCUCCGCUAAGUGCCACCACCUGAUACCAAGAAGAGAAAUGGAGUAGAGAAACAUCCGUUACAAAUGUACAAUGUACAAAUGACUAGCAGUACGCACAUUUAAUCAGCAGCUCUAGUCAGGGUAUGCCAGACUAAAAUCAUGAGCCCUCAGCCUGAGACUGAAGGGGCAUCUCUUAUAUAUGCAGGUAGAUCAGUCCACAGCUUUGGGACCCUGUAACUAAGAGGCUGACUACCCACUGUUAUUUUAAUAAUCCUUGAAAUCUUAAGUAGACCGGCAUCUUGAGAUCUCAGUGUGUGCUCUGGUUUACAAGUAAUGACAAGUUCAGAUAAUUAAACAGGGCCUUGGCCAUUUAAGACCUUAUUUGUUAAAAGGAGGAUUUUGAAAUUAGCCCUAAACUUAACUGGGAGCUACUGUAAGCACCCGAGGGCUGAAGUUAUGAGUUUGUAUUUUCUAGUUUGUGUAAUAAUUCUUGCAGUAGCAUUUUGACUUAACUGAAAGCUGAAUAAAGAACUCUUUAAAGAGCCACUGAAUAACACAUUGCAGUAGUCAGUCCUACUAGAGAUAAAUGCAUGAGUUCUGCCCAUAGCAGGCAUUCGCCCAUUGGAUGGACUGGUUCUCAAGUCCAUCCUGAGUAUCGCUCAGUGCCUGUUAGAAUGCCAGCCCCACUAUAGAUGUUGUAAUGUCUUUCCACAUCCAGGUCCUAGUUGAGGAAGGAAAUACUCUCAUUCCCUCCAUGACCUUUCGUAUUCAAGGCCUACUGGCCAGGUAAUGGAGUAGGGUCCACACUGGCUGGGACUGUGGUUCGUGCCUCACAGAGAGAAAGUCAAAAGUUAGAAAAUGUUCACACGGUGUAAAAUUCAGGUGUGUUCUGGCACUAAAUUAACUGAUAUAAAAGUUUGGGCAUUCCACAUUUACUUCAUCCAAAAGCCAUUUUAUAUGUUUUACCUACAUUCCACUCAAAUUAUGCCAAAACAAGAGUAAAUUUACUAUUAACAUUAAGUUCAAAUAUUUGGCUCUUACACUAUUAAUGCAAAAUGAUCAAUACUAGCGUAAAAUCAUUAUCAAUAUUACCCUGUUAACACUAUCAUUACCAGAGCCUACGAGAAAACUCGUAAAUCCGGCCCACCUUAAAUCCGUU